UUCAGACAGCUCCCCUUGCGUCUUCCCUUUCAUCUAUGAGGGCAAUACCUACCACAACUGUACGGCAGUCAAUGACCAGAUGGGAAGGCCCUGGUGUGCUACCACUCCCAACUAUGACAAAGACCAUCUGUGGCGCUAUUGCUUGAGCAAGGCCUAUGGGGGGAACUCGAAUGGUCAGCGCUGCAUAUUUCCUUUUGUCUACAAAACCGAGCUAUUUCACAGCUGCACCAACGCUGGAGACAAUAUGGGAAAUUUCUGGUGUGCCACAACCAAGAACUACAACCAGGAUAAGCUGUGGAGCUACUGUCCAGAUAUCAUCCUGGGUGGGAACGCAGUAGGAAAGAGCUGUGCGAUCCCCUUCACCUAUAACAAACAAGAGUACCACACCUGCACCAGCGACGGGGCGAGCUCAGGAAAACUGUGGUGCAGCACCACCAGGAAUUAUGACGUGGACAAGAAGUGGACUUACUGCUCCACGCCAG